AUGCCAAAUCUCAACUACAACCCCGAAACAGAAAUCCCGGAUCUCUCGGGAAAAACGAUCUUCAUCACAGGAGGAACAAAUGGACUCGGUGCUGAAUCGGCCUUUCAUCUGGCCAAGCACAAUGCUGCGCACAUCUUUAUUAGCGGAAGGAACUCCAAGAGCGCGGACAAGGUCAUCCAGCGAAUCCGCGAGAGUGGUUCAAACACCGAAAUCACCUUCAUAGAAUGCGAUCUAGCUUCUCUAUCAUCCGUCAAGAAGACAGGCGAGGCAUUCGUAUCGCAGACAUCUCGCCUCGACAUCCUACUCUGCAACGCUGGAAUUAUGGCCCAACCACCCUCCUUGACAACAGACGGGAUGACUUCUUUGUUGGGGGGGUCAUGGCGUCGAUAUGGACAAAGCAAACUUGCUAACCUCCUUUAUGCGCGAGAACUCGCCCGUCGGUACCCGGGUAUUAUCUCCGCAUCAAUUCACCCCGGUAUUGUCUCGACGGGACUGGUUGGAAAUCAGAAAUUCUUAACUCGCGCUCUGAUUUAUGCCACGACCUUCGGGAAAUUGUUGAAACCCGAGGAAGGGGCAUACAAUCAAGUUUGGGCUGCGACUACUGCGAAGGGGAAUAUUGAGAAUGACUUGGCUUCCUCUAUUCAAGAAAUUGGUAUAGAUUACUCUGAGGAGAAGAGGCAGGCCCUUCCAAUUGGGCUCGGACAAGAGAGCCCGCGGAUGGUGACACAACCCGCAACCCCUUUAAAAGGGCCGCUAAGAAAGCAAAACACGUUGGUCGGGCUAUUCUGGCGAAAGAAAGUCGAUGUGAACAAAUUGGAUCUUCGUAAGUCCUAUGUUGGACUUGUACAGCCUUUCAAACAGGUGAAGUCUCCAAGGAAGCGAAAGGAGAAGCGAAAGACAUGGAACCACAUUUCGACCACUAUCACUGACCCUAAAAUGAUACCCGAGGGGUGGGAUCAUCAAGAGGACCUUGAUCCUGAUGAUAGUGACGCUCAAAUUGCAAGAUGCCAGGAAAGGAUUGCCGAACGAAUUCUGCCUGAUGUGUUCCAGCAUAGGCUAGACGGCUUUUUGGAAUUGGACGCAGCUGAGAAGUAA